AUGUCCGCUCUCAACAGCUCUACUCAUCACCAAGAGACCUUCUCUGACUUGCCUCUGGGAACUUUACCUCCAAGAAAGCGUGCCAAGACCGAAGAGGAGAAGGAGCAAAGAAGAGUGGAAAGAAUUUUAAGAAACAGAAGGGCUGCUCACGCGUCUAGAGAGAAGAAGAGAAGACACGUUGAGUACCUGGAGAACUAUGUGACUGAUCUGGAGUCUGCGCUUGCGACACAUGAAGGCAACUAUCGGAAGAUGGCCAAAAUUCAAUCUGGCCUGAUCUCUCUGUUGUCGGAACAUGGAAUCGAUUACUCGUCUGUGGAUUUAGCUGUUGAACCAUGUCCAAAAGUCGAAAGACCUGAAGGUUUGGAGUUGACUGGUUCAAUUCCAGUGAAAAAACAGAAAGUCGCUUCGGCGAAGACGCCAAAAUCGUUGAAAAAAUCGAAGUCAGAAAUCCCAUCGCCAAGUUUUGAUGAGGAGAUGUUUUCCGAGGAGGAAAACGAAAAUGACGAUUGUAUUGAGGAAUACGAGAAAUCAGGACAAGAAGCGACCAUGGCUCCGUCUUUGACUCACAACCGCAAAAGAAAAGCGCAAGAUGCUUACAUCUCGCCUCCGGGCUCCACCUCCCCAUCCAAGUUGAAACUUGAAGAAGACGAAAGGAUCUCUAAACAAGAAUACAGCAACUUGUUUGAUGACACGGAGGACAUUUUCCCUUCGGAAAAGUCAUCGAGCCUCGAGCUGUAUAAACAGGAUGAUCUGACCAUGGCAUCAUUUGUGAAACAAGAAGGUGAAGAAAUGGUGCCGUUCGUCAAGCAGGAAGACGAGUUGAAGUUUCCUGACACAGGUUUCAACGCUGACGACUGUCAUCUGAUCCAAGUGGAAGACCUCUGCUCUUUUAAUAGCGUGCAUCAUCCAGCAGUGAUGGUUGUAAAGUUAUGA